AUGACCCGCGGCCUCCGCCUCAUGGGUCUCCUUGGCAUUGUCGCGCUCGCGCUCACCAUCGCGGGCGGCGUCAAGGCCGGCACCGCAACGACCGAGGCCAACAUGAACUCUGGCACGAACCUCCGCCACAUCGGCGUCAUCCUCUUCGCAGUCCUCUUCGGCCUCGUCUUCCUCAUGCACCUCUUCUGCUGGUCGAACCGGGAGCGCCUGAUGCGCUACCGUCGCACGCUGCUCGCCGGCAUCUCCGGCGCGCUCCCCUUCCUCGCCGUGCGCGUGGCCUACACCGUGCUCUCCGCCUUCGCGCCCGCGACGCGCAGCAUCUCGCCCUCCGGCCAGUCGACGCUCGUCACCAGCAGCUCGCCGCUCGUGAAAUUCAACAGCACGCAGGGCAGCUGGGUCGUGUACCUGUGCAUGAGCGUCCUGCCCGAGUUCCUCACCGUGCUCGUGUACCUCGUCGUCGGCACGCGCAUCCCGCUGCAGCAGGACACGGACUACGCGCGCGGCCUGCAGACGGACGCGUGGGAAGACGAGGAGACGGCGCGACUGAAGCCAAUGUCACUGGGCUCGGAGUACACGCACUAG